AAGCAAGCCGCCGGCCUGUCAAGCUUAUUACAUAGCUGCCUGAUUAACGUUGUCUUUGAAACAACGUGAUAGCCCUGUGUGCUAGUCAGUGUAAGGAAGACAAAAUUCCUUGGAAACCUAUUCAGUGGGUUUAUCUUCCAGAUUUGAUAGAUGCAAAAGGCAAAGGGGGAACAUGGGCAAAGGAAGAUUUGAUGAAAAAGAAAAUGUGUCCAACUGCAUCCAGUUGAAAACCUCGGUUAUUAAGGGUAUUAAAAAUCAAUUGAUAGAGCAAUUUCCAGGUAUUGAACCAUGGCUUAAUCAAAUCAUGCCUAAGAAAGAUCCUGUGAAAAUUGUCCGAUGCCAUGAACAUAUAGAAAUCCUUACAGUAAAUGGAGAAUUACUGUUUUUUAGACAGAGAGAAGGGCCUUUUUAUCCAACGUUAAGAUUACUUCAUAAAUAUCCUUUUAUCUUGCCACAUCAGCAGGUUGAUAAAGGAGCCAUCAAAUUUGUACUCAGUGGAGCAAAUAUCAUGUGUCCUGGCUUAACUUCUCCUGGAGCGAAGCUUUACCCUGCUGCAGUAGAUACUAUUGUUGCAAUCAUGGCAGAAGGAAAGCAGCAUGCUUUAUGUGUUGGUGUCAUGAAGAUGUCUGCAGAAGAUAUUGAGAAAGUCAACAAAGGAAUUGGCAUUGAAAAUAUCCAUUAUUUAAAUGAUGGGCUGUGGCAUAUGAAGACAUAUAAAUGAGCCUCAAAAGGAAUGUGCUUGGGCUAAAUAUGGAUAUUGUGCUAUAUCUGUGUUUGUGUCUGUUUGUGAUAGCAUGAAGAUGAUGCCCCCAUGAUUAUGCUGAAUAAAUUCUGCAAAUACUAAAA